AGUCGUGGACCCGCCGCGCUCCCGCACAGGCCGCCAGUCCCGCCGCGCACCCCGCCGCCGAUACGGAACGCUCGCGUUUGGAUAGGCCUCUCGCCCACGAGCCAGUGGUCAGUGCUUAACCAUGGCGACCCCGGCGGAGCCCCCGAAGGUGCCCGACAUGGAGUCGUUCGAGAACAUGGCCACGCUGCCCGUGUCGCGCGGCCACCAGCAGCAGGCGCCCGCGGGAGCGCCCGCGCAGGGCCCCCCGCAGGGUGGCCCGCCCCAGGGGCCCCCGCAGGGCGGCCCUCCCCCGCAGGGCGCCGCGCAGGGGCCGGCCAAGGCGCCCGCCAAGAAGGACGACGAGAAGAAGGCGCAGGACAAGGCGGCCCAGGACAAAGCCAAGGAGGACGAGAAGAAGAAGAAGGAAGAGGCCAAGAAGGCCAAGGAGAAGGAGAAGGAGGAGGCCAAGAAGGCCAAGGAGAGGGAAAAGGAAGAGGCGAAAAAGGCCAAGGAAAAGGAGAAGGAGGACAAGAAGGGUAAGGGCAAGGAGAAGCAGCCCGCCAAGGACGCCGGCAAGGAGCCGGAGCAGGCGGCCGCGCCCGCCAAGGAGCCGAAGGAGGCCAAGGAGCCCAAGGAGGGCAAGCAGGUCAGCUACAGCCCCAGCGUGCCGGUGGCGGAGGCCGACGAGGACGUGGAGAAGUGCAACACGGCCAACAAGGAGGUGGAGGAGGCCAAGCGCGCCGUGCGCGCCUACGCCAAGGAGCUACAGCAGCAGUCGCAGCAGCCGCCCAAGAGAACCUCCCUGUUCAUCAUACUCAGCUUCAUCUACGCCAAGCUCCUGGUCGUGGUCUGCAUCUCCUUCCUCGUCUCCGAGAUUAUCACGCACUCCCUGCCACUGUUCUACUACGAGGGCUUCUUCACGUACCUUUACGGCGCCAGCAUCCUGUUCCUGCUGUACGUCUUCUGCUUCCUGCUGCAAGAGUCCGCCUGCUGCGUGGGCGGGCCGGCCGCCGCGGAGAGAGACCGGGCCAAGCGCGAGGCGGCCGCCAACAAGAAGCGCGACAAGGAGCGGCAGAAGGCGGCCAAGGACAAGGACAAGGCCGACAAGGAGAAGGCCAAGAAGGAGAAGAAGGACAACGAGGCCAACAAGAAGAAGGACGGCAAGGAGGACCCCAAGGGCGGCAAGGGCAAGAAGGACGGCGACGCGGGCGCGCCGCCGGCGCCCCCGCAGCCCGACGCCCCCAAACAGGCUGGCCUCUAUCCGAGGCAGGAAGGCUAUCCUCGUAAGAUGAGAGAUGUCGUGAAAUUGAAACAACAGCAGCAGCAACAACAACAACAGGAGCCGUUGCUUGUGGGCCACGCUGCCCCUCACUGUCAAGAUGCUGUUGAAUUGGAAGCUGGUCUGGAUCGACCUCUGGGAAGGAAACACAAAACAUCACAAAAUAAUUCAAGCCAUGGAAGCUUCUUCCUUCGUGUUGGAGCUAUUGCAUUUGGACUGGGCACCAUGAUUUACACUGGACUGGAGUUUGGAACUUUCUUCGAGACACCAUUUUCUUCCACAUGCUACAAUAUUCUCCGUGGUAUAAAUCCUGUCCUUCAAAUGGUGUUCACCUUUAUGCAGAUGUAUUUUAUCUUCAUGAAUUCACGGCUGAACAUUCACCGUUUCAAAGUUAUUGCUCGGUUUGGUCUAAUGCACAUAGUUGCUACAAACAUCUGUGUCUGGAUUAGAACCCUAAUGCUUGAGAGUUUGAAAGAAGUCUCAGGUUAUAUGGCUUUGACUGAGCAACAAAAACAAGCUCUAGCGACCACUCACGCUACUCCUCUAUUCUUCAAUGGUGGGACUGGACUGCGAGGCCUUGGGCUUAGCCAGACAGGGACAGUCGGAAGCAAAACUGGUGGACAAAUGGGUGGAAACUACGGACAGCCUGGUGCUGGUGGAAUUAUCAGUGGUUUUGAUGGAAAUGACCUUGUUGAGACUUUCCAGUCCAACUCUCUGCGAAGCGCAAACAUGAUUGCCAGCACCGUAGCAACCGCUGGUUCGUACGCAGUGAAGGCAGCGCAGACCACUGCGCGCACUCUUGCAUCCACCGCUGCCACCACCCUGCGAACCCUGCCUACCACUCUGUCCACCUCCACUACAACGACCACGACCACAACCACCACGACCACUAUCCCCCCACCUACCACCACCACCCCAUUCUUGACAACGCUGGCCAGCACGGCUGCGUCCACUUUGGCCUCCACAACAGCCUCUACUACCCCUCAAUCUCUGCUGCGACAAACUUUUUCCACCAUCGUGCCAGGUGCUCCUAAUAUGCCUUUUGACCAUGAGGCUGGGAUCAAAAUGACAGGAGGUGAAGAAAUGGUUGGUGCAUUGCCUGUUGCGGAAGCUCUGAAGGCCAUCCAGCUUAAUAUCACUGGACAACGCAUGCUUGAUUCCGAGGGUUGCGGCCGCAUCAACAUUAUGGGCAGCAUAGUACUUGAUGCUGCUCCCUACCUUUACCCUUUCGUCAUUGAGUACUGUCUGAUUGGAGCGGCUGUUGUCUAUAUUAUGUGGCGACACAUUGGAUACAAUCCAAGAUAUGUAACCGAGGAGGAUCUGGAACAACGGUUAGAGGCAAUGCUCUCUCAAAGAGCUGUGGCAAUUGCUCGGGCUCAACAUGGGCGAGUGGACUGUGUUGGAGCAAGCAAGGGCUUGUUCUUUGGCCUUCUCCUCCUUGUCGGUUCUCUGAUCUGCCUCAUCCUCUUCUUUGUUCUGAUUCGUCAUCCACAAUUGGGAAUCCUUGCAAUUUACCUUGCAGACUGCUCUCAUUCACUUGUCAUGGCCCUUAGCAUUUUUGCUAUCAUCAUAGGGUUCUGCAGCAAUAACUGUUGUGUUGACAGUUUUGGAUAUCUCUCAUGUGAACAGCAGGAACAGGAUCAUGAGCAGUUUGAGAUGGAACAACGAGACGAGGAUCUUAAUGACACUGACAAUGAAUUAGAGCAUCUUGCGCAGCAUGUGCGCCAUGAUCAGAUUCAUUUUGACAUAGUUCAAAGCCUGAAAUUCAAACGUGAUGAGCAAAGUGACUUAAAUGACAUUCUCCUGCGCGUGUCAGCCUUCGGUCUUUUUGUCUAUGCUGUAUUCAGUGUCAUCGCUGGCUCUCUCUUGGCAACUACUAAAGAGCCCAAUAUGUUGGUGACAGUGACUAGUGCACUCUCUGUUUUGCAGGUGGUUUUGCAACUGUUGUUUAUUGCGGAUGUUUCUCGGCGCCGUGUGCAUCUACCAGAGCACGAUCGUAGCAAACCAGGAAGACAAAUCGUCACAUUCCUACUGAUUUGCAAUGUUGCCAUGUGGGUAAUGUACACCUUUGAAAUGCUGAAAGUUGCCGCCAACCCAGUCCAGCUUGACUUCUAUGGUUUCUUUACUUGGGCUUUAGUGAAACGUAUCACUCUCCCACUUUGUGUGUUCCACCGUUUCCAUUCCGCUGUGACUCUGGCUGAAAUCUGGAAGACUAGCUACAAGGCACGUUUGGAGUAAAUGUUCUCCUGACUUGUGGUGGAACAUGUGAAAGCUUAGAUACAAAGUACAAAAUGAUAGAGGAGUUGUGUUAAAAGGGGAAUGACCCGUGUCAUUACCCCACAGUUUCAAUGGUGGUGAGCAUUGUGAUGCUUCACAGUUGUAAUUGAGAACACGAUUUGCAUGCUAGUCAUUUUUUAUUAAAAAAGGGGGGAGAUAUUAUGUCAGCAUGUGAGUGAAACCUGUUCCCUUUAUACUGUAUUUACAUGUUUAUGAUUUCACCCUGUGAUAAGAACAAGGAUGCAUUUUAAAUUAAUGUUUAUGCUGUUUAUGUAGCCCUUGUCAAACUAGCAGCUCAAACAGUUAGUUAGAUUCCUCUAACUGACGAAGGAAGUUACCAUCUGUCUAUCUCAUUCCUCUUUUGCAUUGUGGUCUGCUCUUACGUAAGGGAAAUCUAUUUGCUAUAUGCGAUGAAACUGUUAACAGGCAAUCAAAAUCCUUUUACUGCCAACUGCCAAAUUUUUAAUUCAUAACUGAACAAUGAUUUUUUACACCUCCCUGUGUAUUCUAAUAUUCAUAAUGUAAACAAUUUUUUUUCAUAAUAUUUUAUAUCUAACUUCUUUGAUAUUGAAAUGCCCUUUCCUUAUUGCUAUUGUUUAACUCUUUUUUUUUCUUCUAACUGUAUAGUUUAGAAUGAAAGAAGUAGUAUAUGUGCCAUAAAAGGUUCAAAACCUAUUCUAGUACUCCAUUUGUGGAACUGUCUGUUUUAGUGUGGAUGUUGGCAGUAAAAAUUAAUUUCUCUUAUUUAUAUAACUUGUAUCCUGCUCCUCAUGGAACAAGAUCAAAUAUCAAACUAGGAUACCUAUAUUUGGUGUGCAUUCAGUGCGUUAAGUUUGUGGCUUUGACAGGUUUGGAUGAUCCAGUAUUCUCCUUCUUUUCAAGACAUUGAUUGUUCUUUCUGUUUUUUAAGUCUUCAAGCUUUACUGACUGACAUUCCUUUAUUCAUCAGUACUCUUGACAGAACUGAAACAUGCCAAAAAUAGAAGACAGCAGUCAAAGAUUUACUGUCAGAACAAAACUGUUUACCUUAUACUGUAUUCAUUUAUAAUCCACGGGGCCAUAUGUUGAUGUGUAAUCGGUCUUAAACUUAUAGUUUUGAAUUUGUAAUGAUUUAAAUUGAGUAGACCUUAUUUUUUAUUUGUGGUUUUGGAGAUCUGGCAUUGCACUCACUGUAUUGCCUUAAUUAAAUUGAAAACCGCCCAAAAUAAAGCCCUGUAGGUGCUAGCCUAGUGAAUGUUCAUCGCUUGUAGUGGGCAAUUUAUUAAUCCUUUCCCAGCAAGGCAGACAACAUUUUCAAAAUUACUGCAGACUCUUGUCAGAAUCACUAUUGUAUGCUAGUUACUUGGAAACAUAUAAGCCAAACGUAGCAUUCCUACCAAAGAUUUUUUUUUUUCUGUACUGUUACUAUUUUCUUUCAACUUUGCAUUCGUUUUUGGUGUUUAGGGGUUGUCCCCCAAAAGUAUCAUGUAUGUACCUUAUAUGCAAUACUCAGCCUGAAGUUGUGACAUUGUAAAUUUGUAUUUAUAAAUAUUUUCUUUUGUGUCAUACUGUAACUAUAAUAGCAACAUAUUUAUAUUUAUAAAAAAUCAAUUUUAGUCUGUUUACUGCUGAUAAUUUGAAAUUUUCCCAAUGUUAAUUAUAUAUAUUAUUUAUUUUGUACAUAAUGUUUGCUCCUAUUUAUAAUAGGACUCAUCUCCAUUUUGAAAGCUCACAGAACCGUAGAGGCAUGGUGAGCACAUCUCAGUGUUCACACUUGCUAUGUAGUUUUGAUGAAAUAGUCAUUGAAAUUAUGCUAAGAAUCAGUCAGUUCGGUCACCGAGGUGCACCAUCUGUUCUCAUGUGAUUAAUUGCAUUUCCCUCUGUUAUGAUUGUCAGUAAUUUUCUGUUGUUUGUUUUUAUUGUUUUUAUAAGAAAGAGAGGGUUUGUGUUUUGUGUGACUCCUCACCGCCACAGUGUGUUCUUCAUAAUUUUGUAUCAUUAAUUAUUUGUAAAGCACUAUGCUUUGAGGCUUUCUUUGUUUAAUUUCUUUUAGCAGGUGUAGCAGUGCUUCAACCUCUGUAUAUACUACCAACAUCCAAGUUGAAGGGACCAUGAAGGAGUUGGGACAUUUCAGAUGUACGUAGUAAUUGAAAUAUUCUCAGACUCUAAGGCAUCUGGCUAUCAUAUUUUUCCCACAAGGAAAUUGCUAACUAGCCAUGCUUUUCAAUUUCAACCAGAAGGAUAUGUUUAAUUGAGAAUCUCAACUGCUCCUGCUUGUUUAACUCCUGAGUGAAUUCAGUAAUAGUCAACCUGUCACUGAAAUAAUUGGUAUGUAUGUAUCUGUCCUUGCCACCAUUCAUGCACCUUUCAGAAAGUGAUAUGAAAUGCACGGAAAAGUAAACGUGAAGCAAAGAGGAUUUCACCACUUAGCAUUGUGAUUCCAUUGUCAUAUAUUUGUUGCUCAAGACAGAAACGUUUUCAAUUUUCUUGUAUUAAGUGCUGUUGUGUUCCUCCAAUGUUACGCUUGUCCAAUUAUUUUCAAAUUGAAGUUCUACCCCUCAAAUUGCAUAUGUCAUCACUCAUCAUUUAAAAAAGAGUAUAAAGUUUUUGUUUUGUGGUUUGUUUUUGUGCUUCAUGGCUUUUCACCAAUUCUUUUUACUUUUGACUUUGGACUUCUUUGGAGAUUUGUACGUACCUGUGUUAUAGACUUCCUUACCCUGACCAACCAACCAGUUUUGUUUGUGAUGGAAUCAACUGCCAUGUUUAAAGCGUUAAAAUUUUCUUAUGGGAGAUAAAGCAGAGUCUUUGCUUCAAAUCAUUUAUCACUGCCAUCUCCAUGAAAGUUAGAUGUAGAUGAGUCAAUAGUUCAUUCAUAUUUACCAAUUUCAUAGAAAUUUUUAACAAGUUAUGUGAUAGGCACAUUUUUUGUGUGCUUUGUUGUACAAUAGCGCAUAGAGUUAAGGCAACUUGCUGAACUGCCAUUAAAGCCGAUUGAGCACAGAGAACAGGUUUUGAGUGAAUUUGUGUGAAAGUAAGAAUGUUUCAGAGUAUACGCUUUGCUGCUGUUGCUGCUCGUUACUUUUAUUGUCUCUCUCAGGUGCAUUUUACCUAGUGCCACUUACCUAUGUAACAAAACUUUUCUUCAACUAGAUGGAUAAGGAUUAUGCUUCACUGUAAAGUCAUGAACUGAAUUGACUGCACAGAUUAUUACUUCCAAUACUUGAAUCAAAAUUUCCCAAUACUCACUGAUUUUUUUUUAAGCCCAUUGCUUAUUCAUACAAUAUCAUCUGUACAGAGAUGACCAUGCAUGAAAUCUGUUUAAUGGUUUUGAUAAAAUUUUAUCUUAUAACUUUCAUCAAAGCACAAGCAAACAUUGACAUUAAAAAGCAGGACAGUACUUUAAGAUUUUGUAAAUUUUAGGAGUACUUCAAAAAAAUUUGUACAUUUUUGAAAGGAUAUGUAGUGUGUCACUUGGAAAAUGAUUUUCUUUCUGUAUAUUAGAAGUAUGAAUGUAUCCAAUUCUCUUUUCCCUCCCUUAGAACAUGAAAAUGUUGUGUAAUUCCUCAAAGAUUGCUUAUGUUACUGUGUUUCUAUCAGCUUCUAAAAUUAUCCAGUGGAAAUAGUAGGACAGAGCUCAGCUGGUUGUACAACAAAUAAUUGGUGCUACCAAGACGUGGACUGUGCAACUAAUACGAAGGAACUUAAAUGAUUUAGUGUCUGAGGCAAAUUGUGAAUAUACAUGAACAUUUGCAAAGAAGUGUUAAAGUGUAAGAGAUUCUGUUUGUAUUUAUAGAUUUGCAGAUUUAAGAGUAGAGUGAAAUUGAAACAAAUUACAGCAUUCACAAAAAAACUGACUACUGCUGACAUGUGCUGAUUGUGGAGUCAUUAUUUUUGUGGAUACUUGUAAAUAGUUAAAAGAUUUUUUAUCUUCUCACAUGAUAGGUUUCCCUUUAAAGCCAAAUGUUAAUUAAAAUUUUGAAACGUUUCAAUAACGGCGUGAUGUAAAAAAAAAAUUGUACAGAAAGUCACCAGGAUUUGUUCUCCCUUUAUUAAAAAGACCUCAAGAUGUGUCAGCUAUUAACAUUCAUGUAAGAUGACUUUGUACACAUUUAAAUAUCGAAAAUAAAAACACUAUCAAACAA